CUCGCUGCGGUGCGCGGUGUCCCGGCGGUCCGCGCGGACUCGCUGCGGUGCGCGGUGUCCCGGCGGUCCGCACGCACGCAGCCUCUCCCGCAGCCGGCCUUGCCGCCCACCAGGGCUCGGUGCCCGCGGUGGCGAAGCGUGGGUGGCGGCUACACACCAGGCCCGGAGCGCUUAGCAGGUGGCCGGUCGGAGAAGCAGUGUCCCUGCAGCCAGAGGGUGACUGCGGUGCGGGGGCGAAGCGGCGCGAGGUGACAUCCCGAGUCAUUUGACGCGCUGCGGCCCUGCAGGCGCUUCAGCUCCAGCCAUUCCUUGAGAGGGAGACCAGGUGAUGGCAGCCAUGAUCCCGUCAGUUUGGCCCCAGGUGAGCUGUGGGUCCCUCAUCCCUUCCUCUGGGCAGUUCAGAUUGAGAACUGAGAAGAGAGCUGGUGAGACUUGGAAUAAGAACUGCUUCUACCUGCCAGACUGGACAGCCCAGUGUGAAAAUGGCACGCGGUUUCUCUGCUAAGUCGGUGACCUUUGAGGACGUGGCUGUGUACUUCACCCAGACGGAAUGGGAUAGUCUGUCCCCUGAACAGAGGGCGCUGUACAGGGAUGUAAUGCUGGAGAAUUAUAGGAACUUGGCCUCCAUGGGAUUUCCACUUCUCAAACCAGCUUUGAUCUCACAGCUAGAGGAAGGAAAGGAUCUGGGAAACCUGUCUCAGCUGGCCACUGGAACAGACUCCCAGGGCCUCUGGACUGAAUAUACUGCUAUCCAGACUGGCAAUAAUUUGACAAAAGAAGUGUGUGAAGAAAAAAGGAGUAUAUUAUUUGAACUUCAGAAGGACUUUUCCCAGGAAACAAGCUUUUCAAAAACUUCUAUUAUAGACCACCGACAGGAAAACCAGUUAACAGGAAGUGCGAAGGAGAAGAUCAGUGCCACUGAUGGAAGAGUUAAGAUAGGCUCCAUGGAAGGAUAUUUAUUUAGUCAGACUGCAAAUGUGUCCCAGAAUCACACCAACUCCACUGGAGAGCAAUGUCCUGAUACCAAACUUACUAAGAAUGAAAGAAUUACGACAGAGGGAAGACCUCCAAAACACAAAGAGUUAGCAGACACCUCUCAAGGUAGCUCUCAAGUGAGUCAGCUUCUAGAAAGCUGUACUGUGGAGAAGCCUUACCAGUGUACAGAAUGUGGCAAAGCCUUCAGUGUUAAAGCAAAAUUUGUUUGGCAUCAAAGACUUCAUAAUGGAGAGAAACCUUUCAAAUGUGUGGAGUGUGGGAAAUGCUUUAGCUAUAGUUCACACUAUAUCACACAUCAGACAAUCCACAGUGGAGAAAAGCCUUAUCAGUGUACGGUAUGUGGAAAAGCCUUCAGUGUUAAUGGGAGUCUAGUUAGACACCAGAGGAUACAUACAGGAGAGAAGCCCUAUCAGUGCCGGGAAUGUGGAACUGGCUUUGGCUGUAGUUCUGCAUACAUUAUACAUCAGAGAACCCACACCGGGGAGAAACCUUAUGAAUGCAGUGACUGUGGGAAAGCUUUCAAUGUUAAUGCAAAAUUAAUUCAGCAUCAGAGAAUUCAUACUGGAGAGAAACCUUAUGAGUGUGAUGUGUGUGGGAAAGGCUUCAGGUGCAGCACUCAGCUUAGGCAGCAUCAGAGUAUACAUACUGGAGAAAAACCGCAUAGGUGUAGUUAUUGUGGAAAAGGCUUCACUAAAAAUGCAAAACUCAUUCAACAUCAAAGAGUCCACACGGGUGAGAAACCCUAUGAAUGCAGUGAGUGUGGAAAGACUUUUAGUGCCAAAGGGAAGUUAAUCCAGCACCAGCGAAUCCACACAGGUGAGAGACCUUAUGAAUGUAAUGAAUGUGGGAAAUCUUUUCGGUGUAACUCCCAGCUUCGGCAGCAUCUGAGAAUCCAUACUGGGGAGAAGCCAUAUAAGUGCAGUGAGUGUGGAAAGGCCUUCAACGUUAAUGCAAAACUAAUGCAGCAUCGGAGAACUCACACAGGGGAGAAACCUUUUGAAUGUAAUGAAUGUGGAAAGUGCUUUACUUCCAAAAGAAACCUACUUGAUCAUCAGCGAACCCAUACCGGAGAAAAGCCAUAUCAAUGUAAGGAGUGUGGGAAAGCUUUCAGUAUCAAUGCCAAGUUAACUAGACAUCAACAAAUACAUACUAGGGAGAAACCUUUCAAAUGUAUGGAAUGUGAGAAAGCAUUCAGCUGUAGUUCUGACUAUAUCGUGCACCAGAGAAUCCAUACUGGAGAGAAACCCUUUCAAUGCAGUGAGUGUGGGAAAGCCUUCCAUGUCAAUGCUCAUUUAAUUAGACACCAGAGAAGCCAUACUGGGGAAAAACCUUUCCGAUGUGUUGAGUGUGGCAAAGGCUUCAGCCUUAGUUCUGACUGUAUUAUACACCAGACUGUGCAUACUUGGAAGAAGCCCUAUGUGUGUAAUAUAUGUGGGAAAACUUUCAGGUUUAGCUUCCAACUUAGUCAGCACCAAGAAGUUCAUAGUGAAGAAAAAUCCUAAUAGAUGAACAAAACAGUAACAACACCAAACAAACAAAAUACUCCUAUGUUUAAUAGGAGAUGGAUCAUGGCUCAUCAAUUAUUACUUGGAAGAAAAACAUCAAGGGGAAUGAAUAUGGCAGUCUUCAUUUGGAAACAAUUUUUUUCUGUUUUUAAUCAAGAUUAGAUGAGCAGCUGGAAAGUUAUAUCUAAAAUAACUUAGUUUUAUAUCAGUAACCAGUCAGGAAAUAUGAAAGAAAACAACCUAUCUCCAGCAGCAUCAGGAAAAGUAGAUUUUCUAGGAAUAAUUAUUUUGUGGGACUAAAGAAAAUUAAGAAUUCUCCACUGAGGAAAACCAAAGUAAACAAAAGGGGUGGAGAGAAAUUAAUUUAUUUCUGCUUAUUUUUUUACAAUGAGAGUGCAUUACACUUCCUUUAAAAAAAGGGGGAGGGAUAACCAUUUUAAAAAAUUAAUAGAGGUCUUUAAAAAUACCAGAUCCAGGGGCUGGAGAAAUGGCUCAGCUGUUAAGAGCACUGGCUGCUCUUCGAGAGGUCCUAGUUUAAUCCCCAGCCACCACAUGGUGGCUCACAACCAUCUGUAAUGAGAUCUGAUGCGCUCUUUUGGUAUGCAGGUAUACAUGCAGAGCACUCAUAAAAGUAUUUAAAAAAAAUCAGAUCCAAAGUAGAGAUGAACAAUAAGGAAAAUAUUGGAAAAUUACUUAAUCAUAAAUAAACCUAUGUGUUUUGUUGUAAAUAAUUCCAAAUAAGUAUGAAAUGUAAAGCAUACACAAAAAUGGAAAUACUUUUGUAAAAUUUGUGAUAUAAAAAUGACAUUAACAGGCACUGCUUCAACGUCACAAGCAUUCUGAAGAAAUGUUCUGCCUUAGUAGUACCCCAAGGAGUGAAAAUUCGUGAAGACAUUUUUUGCAUGUCACAUUGAGUCUAUGAUAUGCAUAUCCCCCAAUACUCCGCAGCCCUCAGUGAUUAUAAAUGCUGUAUUUGCCAUAGAUGCCUGCCAUACAAGUAUAAAAUAUAUUUAACAAAAUAGAAUGUUCCUAUUUUGUCUGAACUCUACAAACAUGGCUAUGUCCUAAAGGAAUGUGUCUGCCUUGGAUUUCAACUCCUUAUGGUCUUGGGUUCCAUGAAAAUGUUGGAAUUCUCAAGAUACUCUUUGAAGUCUCUUACCCACUUAAAAAAAAAUCUAAGCCUAAUAUUAAUAAGAUCAUUUAAGCUGCCAAGAAACUGAGUAACAGCAGUUGAUUCUCAAUGUUGUCAACUGUUAGUGGGUAGUAAAGGAAGUGUUUUUCUACUCAAAACACUCCUACCAAAUAUUUGGGUUUCCACACCAGUUCUGUUGUCUGCAGACACCAACUGGAUGCCCUCCAAUUUAUAUCAGUUUAGACACUACUCAUAAUAAACAUCCUACUGGUGAAAUGGACAAGACUGCCUCAGCCCCUCCUCCUACCCUCAGACACUAGUGAUGAGUCCUAUUAUUUCUGAAUUGGCUACAAAUUGAACCCUUCUGGGCUCAGUAAUUUGCUAUAGUAACUCACAGAACCUAAAGAGACAAUUUACAGUUACCAUUUAAAGAACAUCGUGAAUGUCACAUGAGCAGCCAGAUGAAGAGAUACUUGGAGCAAGAUCCAUAGAGUUCCCAUGUGCAGGUGCUUUUGCUGCCAUGGAGUUGGAGUGCCUUAUCGUGCUGAGCCUCGUUGUUAGGGCUUUUAUGGAGAUUACAGUAUGUUCCCAUGAUUGAUGAAGUCCUUGACUGUUAGUAAGUUUCCUCUUCCAGAAGUCAACAGGGGUUGCUAAAAAUUCAAACUCUCAUAGCACAUAGUUGGCUCCUUUGACAACUAGCCCCAGUCCUGGAGCAAGCUGAGAGCCUAACAAUAAGUCACUUUAGCAUAAAGAGAUAACUGCAAGAGACUUAGCUUAGGAGUAACAGAAGAUGCUCCUCUCAUACUAAUUGGGAAACCAAAGGUUUUAGAGGCUCUUAUGCUAGAAACUGGAGAGAGACCAAACAUUCUUAUGCCACAGGCAGAAACCCAUUUACUUGGUUUACAUCUCCCUGUGUCUGGGGGGUUUUGGUGGUUGUCUUUAGUUCAGCAGUAAGCAGGAUAAAAUGGAAUCACAGCAACAUGAAAGCUAUCGAUUCUAUGAACACAGACAAAUAUUAGGCAAUGCAGAGUAUUCGUGUUUUUCUUCCAUACAGCAGUUCUUUGCAAAAUGUCUUCAUUUAAAACUUGUGUAAUGGCUAGUGAGAUGGCUCAGCAGAUAAAGGUGAAGCCUGACCCGAGUUUCAAUCUCUAGAACCCAAACGGUAGAAAGAACAGAACUCACUCAAGUUGUUCUCUGGCCUCUGUGCAUGCAUGAAAAUAAUUAAAUUUUAAAAACUAAAAUACCUAUUAUGAAAUUAAGCAUUUUGAUCAUUUUGAAGUGUGCAAAUUGUCUUUAAAAAUCUAAUAAAUUAAAAAAUUGUUGAAA